GACUCACGGAGAGUCAUAUGACAUGCUCGGGUCACGUGAGAAUUGUGAAAGACAAAUAAAGUAAAACUCAGCAGAGAACAGCGUUAUAUAUCCACUUCAGCGGAUAUAUUUUUAACAUCUUCACUGGCCUCGUGAAAACAAGCGCAUGAAAAUCUUGCAUGGGUUUGCAUCUGAAAAUUUAAAGAGCAUAAGUUUUGUGGACCAGCAAUCUUAAAACAAUGGUGCGUGCGUGUGUCGUAGUGUUAUUAUGUGUGUGUCUGAAUGUGUGUGGUGCUCUGAUUUGUCCUGAUGGAGGGAUGUGUGAAGAUGGAAACACCUGCUGUCAAACUCCGUCAGGACGGUACGGCUGCUGUCCGCUACCCAACGCAGAAUGCUGCUCCGAUCAUCUGCAUUGCUGUUAUCAGGGCACUCUCUGUGACCUGGUACACUCCAAGUGUGUGAACAAGACACACAUUUUAGACUGGGUGGAAAAAGUCACCACAAAGCCGCAAGCCGUAAUUUGUCCAGAUCAGGAGUCUGAGUGUCCUGAUGACACCACGUGCUGCCAGAUGCCUGAUGGGAGCUGGGGCUGCUGUCCUAUGAAAAAUGCCGUGUGCUGUGAAGAUAAGAGACACUGCUGCCCUCAAGGAACUCAAUGUGACCUUGAGCAUUCAAUGUGUGUUUCGGCAACAUACGGAUCCUCCCCACUCUGGAGGAAGUUCGCUGCUCGCCGCAGGAAACCAUCAGAGAGGACAGCAGUUGUUCCAGCUCCAGACUCCAGUGAUAUUAGAAAUGCGAUUUGUCCAGAUAAGGUUUCCACAUGUCCGGAUGAUACAACAUGCUGUAAACUAGAGAAUGGAAGUUACAGUUGCUGCCCAUUGCCAAAGGCUGUGUGUUGUUCGGAUCAUUUGCACUGCUGCCCAGAGGACACGACUUGUGACCUUGUCCAUAGUAUGUGUGUGUCAGCCAAUGGCGUCACGGUAAAAAUGGCCACUAAGACCCCAGCCGCCUCCCUGAAUCAGAAAGUUUCUUGGUUCAAUAUAGAAUAUGCAUCAGUCCAUCUUUUGGCAAAGGUGCCCACCUUUCCAAUAGCUUCAUCCAAUCAGAAAUGUGACGACACGGCUUCAUGUCCUGAUGGUUCUACUUGCUGCAGAAUGUCAUCUGGAAAAUGGGGAUGCUGCCCUCUGCCACAAGCAGUGUGUUGUGAGGACCAUCUCCAUUGUUGUCCUCAUGAUACUGUGUGUAAUCUGGCCGCCAGCACUUGUGACAGUUCCAGCGAUCAGGGUCCCCGUUUUUCUGUGCCCUUGGUGAAGAAGACUGCCGCAGUGACCCUGCCAUCACAGAACCAAAACUGUGACGAGACAUCACUGUGUCCAGCUGGGACAACCUGCUGUAGACUAACCUCAGGGUCAUGGGCCUGCUGUCCUAUGCCACAGGCCGUGUGCUGUGCCGAUCAGGAGCAUUGCUGUCCGCAGGGUUACAAGUGUGACUCGACUCAAAAAACCUGUGUACGUCCUGGCCUUCCCAGCAUGCCCUGGUUCAGGAAACAGUCUGCGCUGAAGCAGUCUGAUGAUCAUACUCCAGUGGACAGACACAUGUGUGACAAUAAAACCAGCUGUCCAAAAGACGAUACAUGCUGCUUUAUGAAGAACCUCGGCAAGUGGGGCUGCUGUCCGCUGCCAAAGGCGGUGUGUUGUGAGGAUGGAGAUCACUGCUGUCCUAGGGGCUACAAGUGCAAUGAGAAGAAAACAACCUGCACUAAAGCCUACCAUGAGAUCCCCUGGUACACAAAACAAGAGGCCAGGGUCGUGGAGGGGUUCAGAAGUUCAGAAGAAGAGGUGGUGUGUGAUGCGUCGACACGCUGCUUAAAGACACAGAGCUGCUGUAGACGAUCAGACUCCACAUGGGCCUGCUGUCCGUAUAAAGAGGCAGUAUGCUGUGUAGACAUGAAGCACUGUUGCCCUGUGGGAUACAGAUGUGACCCAGAAGUCCAAGGCUGCACUAAAGCAUCCACAUCCAUGUGGUGGGAGAAUUCACUUUAAGUGAAAAACCACAGACUGACACUGAACCACAUGUCCAUUACACAAAUAUACAUCUCUCCACACACACACGUGAGCGCUUCGACACGCUACGUGUUGCAUAAAGCAUUGUUUUAAGAUGCCGUCUUCAGACAAGAGACUAUGCAUCUAGUGUUUUUAUAUUUAGCUUUCAUUACAAUAAAAACACGCAGAGCCUUAUAUUUGAGCAGGAUACACUGAGAGACUUUAGUUUCUGAUUUAAACCCGUUUUGUUGAAAGGAAACCAGGGCAUAUUUCAAAUCCUAGUAAUGCAUAUUAAAGGCUGGAGUUUUGUGUUGUUAAAGAUAUCGAGAGUGACUACAGAAGUGAUUUUAGCAGGGCUGCCGUUUUCACAAAACGUUGAAAUUAAAAUUAGAGGCUAAGUGAUGACAUUGUAAUGACAAAUGUUAGUAUUUUGAAUUACAUUACCAUUAUUCCAAUGCCAUACACCGACCGUAUUACUGUAAGUGAGAAAAGCUUCUGAGAUUCAAAACUGAAUGUAUCACCAAUGAACUAAACCUGCAACUUAAUUGGGAAAAUGUAUAAUUAUUAGUACCAGCAAAUGCAGUUGACAUGGUUUAUUUAGAGGCUGUUGCAUGUAGGGUUAAUUCAGCUUUGUCAGACAAUUAUUUGCUUUUUUUCUAUAUGAAAUAUAUAUUGAAGGUGUCUGUGUGCAUUUAAAAAAAAUCAUUGAAAGCAUUUGUAUUCAAAUUCAAGUGUCAUUCUCAACAUAGUUGCUUUAGUGUUACGUCUAUUUUUAUCUCAUUUAAUUAUUUACCGAAGGGUGAAGUGAAUCUAGUUAUUGAUUUCCUUGUGACAGAAUGAGAGUUGAUUUAUUCUUUUUUUCCUGUUAAUUGUUGAAGUGGAUUUGUUGUUGUUUUUUGGUUAAUUAUACCGGAAAAAACACUGAAAUUAAAUACUUUUGAAAUAG